AUGCUACGUGCUGAGCUGCACUCCAUACUUUCUCUUGUCAUUAUGCGUAUACAACGCUACUUCCAACAAUAUUCAUCCAUUACACACGUUCACCAAUUUCUGAGCCGUGCAAUCGAGCUCCUCGUUAACCUUACUCGACGCUUUCGUCACUCAUCACGGGUUCAGAACGUUCAAGAUGAUGAAGAAAAGGCAUCGGAAACGACGUUUGAAGUUCACACUCUACAGCCAAUCGGCGAAUACAUUUGCGCUAGUCAAUUGCCGCCGAGCUCGAGUCCUGAUAACAGACCCAGUGAACCAUGUUCCCCAUCAGAUGCUCCCUAUGACACACCUACGCGCAUUGUAAUACCCCGUCCACGCCCAACCAGGCAACAGACAUCUUAUGAAGUCAUGUCCAGUCCUGAACGUUUGACAGUGCCGAGUCCGCCAGAAAUGAGGGAGCCCUCCACCGACCGCACACCACCUACUCCCACUUCUCCUACAGUUGCGACUCGUCCUCCCAUUUCUGUGAACACCAGGUUUAACAAGGGUUUUUUGAUUGGCUACCCGGAACUCUCUCAAAUUUCACCGAGCCAGCGGACGCCUGUGUCACCAGAUGAGUUCGGUCCACGACCUACACUUGCUCGUGCAGCUACAUUCAAUGGUUGCUCGGAUGAGCCAUUAUCCGCCACACGGUCUUUUUUGAACCCCCGUCGGCAUACAUUGGCAGUGCCAAACUCCCCAGACCGUGAACCCAUAAGCCGACCGGGCAGCGCCCAGUCAAUUGUAUCUCUUGGUCGAAAUUCGUAUCGAAAACAUGAUGGACAAGCUCCACGCCCUCGCUCCCCUGCUCCGAGUCUUUACGAAAGCUCAUCGAAUAUGUGUGCCAUAUCUUCCGCUACCCUCGCCCCAGCUAUGGCGUCGGAUGUGGAUGGCUCACAGGCUCCCUUUGCUCCACGCGCUUCAUCUUCGGGCCAUGCGUAUUCGAGGGAGAGUGCUGGACCUCGUUUCGCUCCGAUGUCAGCGAAUGGAGUCAAGCGUUUUGAUCGACAUUCCAGGGAAUUUGCCAUGAUCGAUCCUUCAAUAUCUGAUUACAAGAUCAAAGCCUACCAAGUCCAAUACCCCAGUCAUGACGGAAACCUCCCUGUAGGCUGGUCGGCGCAUGUACACCCGGAAGGUGCCCGCUACUUCCUGCAUGCACAGACAAGAACAUACACGGAGUCAGAUGUCUGUUCACCGGAUAUAUUGAACGAUAUCGUCUACUUCUCGAAUUAUCUUCACGGAGAACUCCGCCUCGCCAUUGACACUAAGAAGAUUGACAUUGACUACGAUGAUGUGGAACUAGUGCUUGAGCCGAAGAAAGCGAUGUGUGCGGAUAUCAUAUGCUGCUACUACUUCGUCAACCCCGCAGGGAGAUGUCUUUUCUGGCUAGAUGAAUAUGAUGCAGAGGAUAUGUUGGGGGAGUGUCGGGGGGUUACCGCUUUAUCUCACAAACGACUGGCAGUUCAAGCUCAAUACUGGUGUGUAUCACUGCCAAAGAAGCACUGGGAAAUGUUUCCUAACCUUUGCCCGGUUGCGCACGAUACAUUGGAUGAGCUUAAGGAACUUAUGCUCCAUGCCACUUGCGAUCACCUCACAACCACACGGUCUGCAGCGGCGUUGAGCGCCGAUGAACUCAAGCAGUACUUUGAAAUUGUGAAGUGGAUACGAGUGAAUUCAAACGUUGAUAGAGCGCAUGCAGUGGUCAUCAUAGGGCGACUUAUGCACACCUUUUGUCGCAAUCAGUACCUGAACUUCCAUGGUCAACCAUGUGCUCGGUUAAGUGUCGACCAGACAGUGCGCGGCUGGAGCUAUAAGCCAUCGAUUUACAUGACUAUAUUUGCUCCACUCCUAUGCAUGGCCCCCGUUGCUCACGUGAGAUCCCUGCAUACCAGCUUUGUAGACGAUCUCGCAAGUACCUCAGAGUGGAAGAUAUUCAUCACGAGACUGAAUGGGCAACUCCAGAACCUUAACCUUCUCGGUACCGUGCUCCUUGGUGCCAAUGUUGGUUUUCUGGCAAUCCAAUCAGUUGACUCUGGCGCCGGGCGUUCUCCGACGCAGAUAGCUAGUUACAUGUCGCUGGUUCUUAGUUUCGGCUCUAUUGCUCUGGGUCUGACGUUCAUUACUCUGGAUCUCACUGGCAGGGAUCGUGGUUCUGAGGCUUCAAGGUUUUUGCAACGGAUGAAUGACGGAAAACACGGUCUGGAAAAGUUGGCAAUCAUCUACAGUCUCCCUUACGCAUUGCUCAUGUGGAGCAUGCUCUUCUUCAUCGUGGCAUUCUCCUAUGAAUGGUGUAAACCUGGAGAUGCAGUCUCUAGAUCUAUCGUCGGCGCCGUACUACUUACUGUCUGCGGGCUCGUCGUCUGGUGUAUAUCUGCGGCAUCCGAUAAGCGUGCGCCGUGGUGGUGGGAGUCAGACCAGCCGGAAGUGGUCAGCAAAGUGACGAGCGUAGAGACCAAGAAGCGCUCGGAUAAUAAGCGUUAUACUCUGGCUUCUCAUUUGCGCGGCUGGUUUGCUACCACGAAGAAACGAGUUUCAGUGGUCUCGGUUCGCAGCGGACCACCACCUCAUACCCGAGAGGUGACUCGGACAUCUGUACCGCUCAUCUCGUUUAGGCGCGCGACAGUAAGCCGGCAAGCUCCGCCUAAGAUCACCGUGACCCAGAGGCCUGAAUCAGGGGAAGUAAAUGGCACGACCCGUACCCCAGUAUCAGAGGUGGGAGUGGGCUACAUGGGAUUUAUUUGA